AUGGAUCAAUAUGCAAAUUAUACACCUAUUGAAGAAUUCUACCUUCUUGGAUUUCCAGGACUCACUCCAGAAUACUACACAGUAGUUGGAACCGUUCUUCUCUUAAUAUAUCUCGUACUUGCAGGGGGAAAUAUGUUAACUAUUGUCUUUUUUUUGUAUGAAAAGAAUCUUAAAAAACCGACCUAUCUUAUCUUCUGUAAUCUUGCUAUAGUGGAUUUUGCUUGAACCAUCACAAUGCCAAAAACCAUUGCAAAGUACCUGCUUAAUGAUGAAACUUUAACAUUUCAGGGGUGCUUUGUUCAGAUGUUUUUGGUCCAUUAUUUUGGUGCCGUCACUUCUUUUAUUUUGCUAUUAAUGGCCAUUGAUCGUUUUAUCGCUAUAUGUAAUCCACUUAGAUACCCUGUUCUGGUUACUAAUUAUUCAAUGGCACUUGCAUGUGGUAUAUUUUGGGUGAUUCCAGUCUCGUGGCUGACACUGAUAAUUCAUCAGAGUGUAGGCAUGCCUUUCUGUGACUCCAAUAUAAUAAGCCACUUCUUUUGUGACCAAAAUUCAAUAUUUGUAUUGGCUUGUGGUGAUUUAAGGACUCUGAGAUUGUUGUUCCUUAUUAUGACUAUGAUUGCAAUGCUGGGGCCCCUUGUUUUCAUCAUAUUUUCUUACAUGUCAAUUAUUAUAACUGUUUUAAAAAUGCCAGUCACUCAAGCAAAGUACAAAGUGUUCUCUACAUGUAGCCCUCAGCUUCUUAUAAUAUGUCUUUACUAUUUGCCUAGAUGUGCUGUCAAUAUUACAGACAUCAACAUUCAAAUGCGUAUUAGUACUCGUGUUACACUUGUCAUGUGGUAUAGUCUACUUCCCCCACUUGUCAACCCAUUUAUAUUUUUUUUUCGAACUAAGGAAAUCCGAGAAGCUAUAAUCAUUAAAUUGCGAAAAAGAAGAAUAAAUGAUAAAUUUACUGUUUCUUCAAACUUAAAAUAA